AUGGUGUCUCACGUCGAGAUGGGCGGCGCGGCAGGGAUCAAGCUCUUCGGCAAGGUCAUCACGCGGCAGCCGGCCACGCGCGCGGGCACCGACAGCGGCGCGCCAUCCAAGACGUCGCAGCAGGCGCCACCACCCAUGUCGUCCUCGGGGCGCGGGAGCGUGGAGCAGCUGGAGGAGGCGGCGAGGGCGCGCGCGGCGGCGGCGGAGGCGCGCCUGCCGUGCCCGCGGUGCCGGAGCGAGGACACCAAGUUCUGCUACUUCAACAACUACAACGUCAAUCAGCCGCGGCACUUCUGCAGGGCCUGCCACCGCUACUGGACCGCUGGCGGCGCCAUCCGCAACGUGCCCGUCGGCUCCGGACGCCGCAAGAACCGCCCCGUGCUCCACGGUACCUCAACGAUGGUCAUGAGCGGCGACCACCGUUUGGCGGGACCGGAAUCUCCGGGGCUGGCGCUUGGUUUCCCUCCUGAGCAUCCUGGAUGGUUCCAUGCUGCCCCGUCACCGGCUUACACUGGCCACGGCGAGAUGGAGCAGUACUUGUGGCUCGUUCAUCAGUGCCAGCCCCAGAGACAAGGCUAACAAGAUCGUCUGAGACAACAGCCCUGAUCGGAGGCGGUCAGCUCUUACAUGUGAAAACUAUUCGAAUUUCUUGUACUAGGUCUAAGUAUAAUACAGAAAAUUGUGUAA